GGAAAGGGUUAUCCCGACAUCAACACCCAGUUAUUCCUCAAGAAAUUGUGGAUUAUUAUGUCGAUUCCUGUGUUUAUUCUAGUUGAUGGAGAUCCGCACGGUAUUGAAAUUAUGUUAAAGUAUCGUUAUGGAUCAGUAAACACCGCUCAUGUUUCUCACGAGCUUGCUGUGCCAAAUGCCAGAUGGAUAGGCAUUUAUCCCUCGGAGAUGAAGGAAUUCGAUGUGCAGACGCAGGAACUAACUGCAAAAGAAUUAUCGCUGUUAAAGAGGCUUAUAAAUGGACCAUACGCGGCCAAUUCAGCCAUCCUAAAAGAAUUAAAGAUUAUGUUAGAAUCACGUCGUAAAGCCGGCAUCGAAGCUUUAAUGAUGACUCCGGUGUUUUUGAGUGAAGUUUAUUUGCCCUUUAAAUUUUGUACAAACGAAUUUAAAUAG